UGCUUCUUUUUCAGAUAAAAUUGUUUCCUUGAGUUGGAUUCGCAUUGGAAACUGAGUUGCCUUAGUCGUUUUCUUGUGUGAAGAAAUACUACUACUAUUCUGUUGACUCUGAAUUGGCUGGGCUUGUCUUACCAUUACUACCAUAAACCAGAGGAGCUUAUACAUUAUAGCAUUUCAUCGUCAAAUCUGAAAAGAUUGUCAAAAAAUGAACCGUAUUAGCGUGGCAUUGGUCGUUCUGGCGUCUGCAGCUGUGUUCUGUGCACCUACCGACUCCGAUGGCUCGAACUCCGUGGACAAAAAGACACCCCCUAAUGAAUGGGGUCCAUAUUACACUCUCCCUGAGCAGAUGCCGGACAUGGCGAUUCUCUUUAGAAACGUGCUUUCAUCCUACCUUAGCUCCAACCUACCGGGAGAUAAGUGUGAUAAACGCGAUGCCAUGUUUGAGAGAUGGUUCCAGAGUUCAAAGGAUCCGGACCUGCAUAUUCUGUCCUUUUAUUGCAGAACUAGUGGAGUCAGGGGUUACCAGCACCUGAAGAUCAAGAAAACUGGCAAGCACGACGGAAAUGUUUUGGAGUUCCAGAAGUCUCUGAAACUAUUUGGCAUCAUGGACGCCGGCGGCUACGAAAGUGAGAAUACAAAAGAAGGAAAAGAGGCGGAAAAGUUGCAAAACGAGUUGCUUGAGAAAGUGAAGCCGCAAAUCAAGAAGCAGCCAGACCGAGAUCCUUCGAAGGAGCUGUGUCCUGACGCUGGAAACAAGACAGUCAUGACUUUUGUCGAGACCAAGAUCGAAAACGGACUCUACUACUAUAAGUUCCCCGUCAGCUGCAACAUCAGCUUCUCCGACUUGGACACGGGGGGAGACCAUGUGACUAAAAUUGAGGUUGUAGAGGACAAGGACUUCAAGGCACUGAAUGGUGGUAAUGCUACCCUGGUCGGCAUGGAGAACCCUGAGCGCAACAUCGAUUAUGUCAAGGCGAUGGAAGCAGCGCUGGCCGCCAAGCAGUCCCACGCUUCCACUCUCGGCCCGAUGAUCACUCUGCUUCUUCUUCCCAUCGCUUCGAGAUUCUUCUAGAAGGUUCUGGACUGUAUGCUAGCUAAGAACAUGGAGGUCUGUGAUGAGCUGAAAGCUUCAAAAGUUCGUGUUUCUAUAUGCACAGUAGUUCUGGUUCUGCUCAAACAAUUUUUUACUUGAUCGUUUUCUGUUCAUGAUUGAUGCUUCUUUUUUAAAGCGGACUCUCAUCAAAAAAGCAAUACAUAAAAUAAAAUUGGCAUCGUAUAUUCGCGUAUCAUUUUUCUUCAUUAAGCUGAGAAUCUGCUCUGAAGAAAAGCAUGAAAGAAUUCUCUUCGCUAAAAUUUUCGAUUUCAUACUGCUUCGACUACUUCUUAUUUAUUCAGACUCACUACGAAUUUGUACUAUUUAAAUUCAAUACAAAAGAUAUUUAUUGUUGAUCAUGUAAUUACACUCAUUCUUUGCUAACAACCAGGAAAGAGUUUCCACCUUGUGAUGUUACCCAUCUGAAAACUUGCUUGCAUGGUAAUGCUGUCAACUGAACAUGUUUCAAUUUGUCCGAAUAAAAUUUCUUUUCGAAA